AUGUCGGUACACGCUCCAACAAGGCCGACUGGAAAUGAUGAGCGCAAUAACAUGCCUAUUGUAAUGGUAAAUACUAGUAUCAGUACUUCGAGAGCAUCUGCAAGUGUUAAAGCUACGAGACCAGAAAGUAGGUCAGAAACUUUGAAUUCUGAUUCUAUCGUCAAUAACAACAGAAAGCUUAAGGGCUUCAGUCGAGCAGCACACUCGAUUUUGGCUAUGAAUGGAUUACAAAGCGGAUUAAGAGAUUCAAAUACUGCAGUAAAGAACACUUUAGACGUAGGACAGAGAUCCAAUGAAAGCAUCACAAAAAGUGCUCCGAAACCUCGCGUAUCGCUUGCACAUAUGCUCAAAAGUAGAGUCUUAAAAAAAUUCGUUUCAACACAACAACUUUCCGAGACUCCAGCUAUUCUAAAGAAACAAUCUAGUGUGCUGGCCGAUUGGGUUACAUUGACGACACUACGGAAGCAGCAAGAAGAAGACAGUAUUGAAGACGAGGAUUUUGGUCAAGAUGUCCAAUUAGACUCCGAUAUAAGGAUCGAUACGACAGCGAAAUCACCGUUAUAUGGACGUGAACUCAUUCUGGAAGAGGCUUGUCGUCGUGCUCUUGCUCUUGACAGCGAACAGCGCACAGAAGAAGAUAUUCAAGAUCUUGGAAGGUGGUUCCAGGCCACAAAGCUUCAAAUCGUGACUGAUUUUGAGCAUCUAAAACCAUCUGAGCUUGAACUGCUCUGUCGACGAAUGACAUGCGUCACAUAUUCUCCUGCCGAAACUAUUUUUUGUCAAGGUGACGAAGGAGACGCACUCUUUAUUGUUUUUACUGGCAUUGUGGAAGUUCGUGUGAGCCAGCGCUUCCUUGGUGAAGUAGUUGAAGUAACUGUGUGCGAGCUAGGAAAAGGAGAAUUUUUUGGUGAACGCUCGCUUUUAAAUAACGAUGUUCGCGCAGCUACUGUCUUGUCCAAGACUGCGACAGAGCUCGUUCGAAUUACACGAAAUGACUAUAAUCUGAUGCUCAAGAACGACCAGCUCGAGUUUCUAUCAAGAAUGCAACUCGCCAAAGGUAUUGGAGUUCAGCGUCCAGCGCAACGGACGCAACGAGAAUACAUCAAAGUACUUGCCAAGCCAAAAGGCGCACGAACUAAGAGUGAAAUUGACAUGCUCAGUGAGUAUCUUCAAACUCUAAAGUUCUUUCGGACAUUGUCCAAAUCGUUCAUUCGCGAACUUUGUGAAGUCGUUGAAUUUCUUGGUUUACCCGCUGGUACCUGUGUGUUUCGUGAGGGCGAAGUUGGAGACCUCUUUUACAUUAUUUUCAGCGGUUCUGUUGAUGUGAAUGUUAACUCGAAAGAUUUUAAAGGAAAUUUACAAAUGACAAAGCUUAUCAAUCUAACUGAAGGGUCUCACUUUGGAGAGCUGGCACUUAUGAAAGGCAAAGGUGUGCGCAGUGCUACUGUGAUAACUCGUGAAAAAUGUCAGCUUUUGGUCAUAUGUGAGCGCGAUUAUAAUACAACGUUACGUCGGAUGCAGAAAAAAGAUAUGGUGAGACGUAUUGGCGUUUUGAAUCAAAUUUCUAUGUUCCAGAUGCCAGAAUGGACAGAUGAGCUACUUAAAGAAUUAUCAUACGUACUAGUAGAGCAGAAGCUGACGACAGGAAGUGUGCUUUACCGUCAGGGGGAUCGAGCCUCACAUGUCUACUUUGUUGUUCGUGGAGAGGUCAUCGUGACGAAAGAAAUCUUUGAUAUAUGCACACAAGUAAAGCACGAGGUUUUUGUUGAGCGGAUUGGUCGCUUUCGAGUUGUCGGUGAUGACGCAGCUGCAGGAUUGACCUUUAAUGAGGUUAUAUCCCGAGAGGUGACUGUCACUGCCAGUACUCCCGUCGAGCUUUUGUUCCUUUCAAAGCAUGAUGUUUUUCACCGCUUGUCUUUGUCAGCUCGAGAAAGAUUACGAGCUGCAGCGCACUCUCACGCAGAGACGAUUGUGUACUUGGAUCGUUUACAUAAAACACAAAAAUGGGAGACGUAUAAACAUAAAGUCCUUCACAAUCAUAUCAAUCAUGAACGAAUUGAAAAAAUUUUGCCGUCUGCAACAGCACAUACACGAAGUCCAUGCUCUGAAAAAGUAUCAAACUUGUUACAUCUUGGUCAGUCUAACUUGGUUCAAACAAGCUUUGAAAAAGCUAAACCCGCUUUUCAGCAGAAAAGGGUUGAAUCAACAAUUUCCAGUAACAUGAAGAUGCUGCCAGUACAAAGGCAAGCACUUAUCCCUGCAAACGAUUUAUUAUUAUUGAAUCCAGAAUUGAAGAACCCUUUUCGUUCUUACCAAACACUCAAUCACUAUGUCAAAUCAUUCAAUGCAGACGUGCCUCCCAGUUCUGCACGACAACACCAUCUGCACAGUGCUUUAGUAGCUGAAGAGCACUGGCGAAAUCAGAUUUUAAAAGAAGGCAAUCCGAUCGCGUCAUUUGACAUCAAUGUUGUCGACAAAUGCCCUAAAUCAAUUGAAUUUGAAAGCGUGAAGGAUACGACUAAAUUGCUAGACAGACGAGAGCAUUCAAUAAUGCCUCAUUUGCCUCAACCUCCUUCGGUGGUGCGACCAUCCUGCAAAAGCCUGACUCUUACUUCUCAAGCAUUGAAUCAUCUCGUGCAAGAAAACUUUAUAUUUUCUCGUCCGACAAAGCGGACGACACAAGAUGGUAACACGCAGACAGUAAAACCACAACAAUCAAUGGUCACCGAGGUGAGUAAAGAAGUUUUGAAGUCGGAAGGUGAAACAGAGCCAAGCAAGAGUUUUGAUGAUAAGAUCUACGUGGUCUUUGCCAUUCGAGACGAAGAUAAAGAAACGGGCAUCAAGUUUCCCUCUUUUCAAAUUCUUCCGGUUCUAUGGACUAUGAGCUCGUUAGACGAGGUUGCUAAGCAAAUACGAGAGAAUUUCCAGCUGCCCAAUUGCAAGUACUUCGUAUUACCAAUCAAUACGUUUUCGUUGAUGCCAAAAGCAAGCCGAUCUAAGCUGGAUGAAGAAAAUUUCUAUCUACGACUCAGUGGAACUGGAACUCAUAAUAAUCGAAGCAAAAAACCGCUAGCAAAUCUGACGAAUGAAAAAUCGCUGCAAUCUUCAUCUUCGGAGUCAGCUGUGCAAUUUGCUUCGUUUCAAGAGCUAGUCAUUUUGCCCCUCACAUGUGUCCAUGAUCACGAAGCUGAAGUCGUCAUACCCGGAAGUACUUAUAAACUUGAAAGCCCUGUACCAAGUGUGAAUCAUUCGGCCAACUAUUCGUCUUGUCGUCAGACUUCUCACUCAGCUCGGAAUGCUUUCGCAGUUGCGAGUGUUGUGCUUUGGCAAGCCGAAGUUGUAAACUCCCAGCACGUUGAGCCAAUUGUAGCUGUUCACGCUUUGUUUGCCUCCGAACUCGAUGCUGCGACUUUUGCACAUACUUUUAGUCCAUUGAAGUAUCUUAAAAUCUCCAUGCUCUGUGUCUUUCCUCUUGGAAAAUGGAUUCAACUUGAACAUGCUCAAAAGUAUUGCGUUCGGGUGGAAUCGUGCAAACAAGAGAAACGAAGUGUGAAAGCAUCUGAACCUUUUUCCAGUCCAAAUUCACGACCUUUAACAAGAUCUCCAUUUCAGCCGCAAAAGCCAAUCUGGCAACAAGAACGUGAAGAAGCUCAAAGUCUGCACAAUAUCAUUUGCACACAAAUACUCGAACGUAAGAGAGAGCAGAAUGGUGGCUUAAGGUCGCAGCCACUGAAUUCAUUAGACGACAAAUUAGACGCACUUCACAUAUAUCUUCAGACCACGGCGGCAACUCCAACAAGAAAUAAACACGGAGGCUCACUUUUGCUCAAAUUACGUCAAGCCAAGCGUUUUGACACCAUGGUGCGCUCAAGCAUCGCGCGAGCUUCAGUUAGCAAUGACACAGCUUUGUUAUCACCACUCCCAAGUGUUAUUUCUGAGUAA